UUUGGUCAGGGUGAGUCCACUGACUGUUUGCACAAUUUCUUGGACUCCACUAACUAAAGGGCACACAGCUCCCGUUUGGCUGAAUGGUCUAGCUGGCCAUCUUCUGAAAGCAUGGCUUUCCCAGAAGAAUUUGGAUGGGGGGCGUCCACUGCAGCUUAUCAAGUGGAAGGAGGCUGGGAUGCAGAUGGAAAAGGCCCUAGUGUCUGGGACACAUUCACCCAUCAGGGAGGAGAGAGAGUUUUCAAGAACCAGACUGGCGAUGUAGCUUGUGGCAGCUACACUCUGUGGGAGGAAGAUUUGAAAUGUAUCAAACAGCUUGGAUUGACUCAUUACCGCUUCUCUCUUUCCUGGUCACGUCUGUUACCUGAUGGGACGACAGGUUUCAUCAACCAGAAAGGAAUUGACUAUUACAACAAGAUUAUUGAUGAUUUGUUAACUAAUGGGAUUAUACCCCUAGUGACCCUUUACCACUAUGAUUUGCCUCAGGCCUUAGAAGACAAAAGAGGCUGGUUGUCAGAGGCAAUCAUUGAAUCCUUUGAUAAAUAUGCUCGGUGUUGCUUCAGUACUUUUGGAGAUCGAGUCAAGCAUUGGAUCACCAUAAAUGAGCCUAAUGUUUUUGCCCUGCUGGCCUAUGAUUUUGGAAUAUAUCCUCCUGGUGUACCUCACUUUGGAACUGGAGGUUAUCAGGCAGCUCAUAAUUUGAUUAAAGCUCACGCCAGAUCCUGGCGCAGCUAUGAUUCCUUAUUCUGAAAAGAGCAGAAGAGUAUGGUGUCCCUAGCAAUUUUUGCUACCUGGGUGGAACCGGCAGAUCCCAAUUCAGUGUCCGACAGGGAAGCUGCUAAAAGAGCCAUUGCUUUCUGCUUGGAUUUCUUUGCUAAGCCCAUAUUUCCUGAUGGUGAUUAUCCGGAAGUUGUCAAGUCCCAGAUUGCCUUCAUGAGUAAAAAGCAAGGCUAUCCAUCAUCAAGGCUUCCAGAAUUUACAGAAGAAGAGAAGAGAAUGAUUAAAGGCACUGCUGGUUUCUUUUCUGUGCAUUAUUAUACAACUCGCUUACUAAAGUACCAGGAGAAUAAGAAAGGAGAACUGGGUUUUUUCCAGAAUGUGGAGAUUCAAGUUUUUCCAGACCCAUCUUGGAUAAAAAGUUUGGAUUGGAUCUAUGUGGUGCCAUGGGGAAUACAUAAAGUACUGAAAUACAUUAAGGAUAUGUAUAAUAACCCUGUAAUUUACAUCACUGAGAAUGGGUUUCCCCAGGGUGACCCUGCAUCUCUUGAUGACACUCAGAGCUGGGAGUAUUUCAGACAGACAUUUCAGGAACUGUUCAAAGCUAUCCACCUUGAUAAAGUCAAUUGCAAAAUAUAUUGUGUAUGGUCUCUUCUGGAUAAUUUUGAGUGGAUCCACGGGUAUAGCAGCCGGUUUGGUCUCUUCCAUGUUGAUUUUGAGGAUCCUGCUAGACCUUGAGCGCCUUACACAUCCGCCAAGGAGUAUGCCGAGAUCAUCCAAAACAAUGGACGAGGAACAUCCAUAAAAGAUGGCUGACCCACAUCUCCUGGAGAAGAGGACUCUGGUUUUGGAAAAGAAGUCCACUUUGGUGAUCUUUUAGACAAUCUCAAAUUGCCUUUGUAAUCAUCUCCUACCAGCUGAUCUCUGAUUAUGAAGUCUGAAUACGGAAUGCCUGGGGAUGUAUUUAAUGAUAGCCUUUACUCUAUUUGCAUUUGGAUCAAUGAGGCUUUUAAAAAAAAAACAGAAUAAAAAACCACUGAAAUUGAUUUUUAUAUUAAGAAAUCAGAUAGACUUGAAAACUUCAAUUUAAAUCCUUAGAAUUUUUCUAGAAAAAAAUAAUGCAAAAUUCAUAAAUAUAGUGUGCUCAUGAUUUGCAGCUCUAAUAGCAAGAUCACAUAUUAUAAGAAUACUUGCUUAUGAGCCUAGCUUUUCUGGUUAUGUCAGCUUUGUUUGUUUUGUAGAUCCAUUUUCAUGUGGCCCAAAAUUCUUCUACUGUUUAAUCUAGUAUAAAAAAUCAAAAUUAAAAGUUAAUCACAUUAUAUAGUUAUGCAUUCUAUUCAACAAAGGGAUUAAUUGAUGGCACGUUUAAUAAAAUGGAUUUGUUGAUGUA